AUGGCUUGUCGUGGCUGGAAUCGAGAAGCAGCACUCAGUACAGACAGUUUGAACCCGGAAACGUUGAAGUCGCAAAUAACACAGCGUGGAACAAUAUCUUUUACCCCUAUUAACAAUAACCAAACGCGAAUUCAAAAUACAACCCCCCGAAACAUUACUCCAGGAACCAACAGCAACUCUAUAUCCGAUCUUCGAGAGGCACACAUGCCAGGUCCUCCCAUAUUAAUAUCAACCCAUCAAGAAGCUGCUCAGAAGGACAGGUCUGCAUCUUUUACAGCUGCAUCGACACAUGAAGACCAGGGGGCAAUACCAUGUUUCAGUCAUGGAGCGGCAUUCGAAGAACGGGCAUUGAAGAGGAGGAAGAUUGCAGAUCCCCAGAGAUCACAAUCAAUGAAGGCCAUGAAAGGAGCAUUGGAGAGCACUGUUUCGCAAAUGUGGGAGCAUGGAGAUGAGAAGCACAACUACCACCAGUCACCGGGCCACCAAUUGACAACCCCUCCAGACUCUACAAAACGGAAUAAGAGGAGACCGGGGCUCUCUACACCCAAGGUCAAAACCAAGAAUCAGCCAUUCCAGAACCCCGGUAUUACGAAACCUUUGGGACCUGCUGUAAAAGAAUCUAUUCGUCAGGCUUCAACUCAACCUGUCAACCAGUAUCAAGGAUUUACAACUACGGAGCAUCGGAUAAGCCUAGCAAAAACAACAUUAGAAAAACUUGCAGGUUUCAGGUACAAGCCGUCGUGCAACGAUUGUCAAAAUACAGUGCCGCCAACAUCUGUGGAAAACGCCAGUGUUCAAGAAGUUCAUCUACCGCCUAAUCAGACAUUACAACAUGGUUCACUCUGUCCUUCCUCGGCCCAUGAAUCUCCACCUAGUAGCGACAGCUUAUUUAAUCAAGCUAUCUGGAGCACCGGAUCGGGCAGUGAUUUUUUAAUCGCCAACACAGUCCAGCCGAUCACAGCUCACCCUACGACCUAUGAAUUUGGGACAAUCCUCGGCCACGAUGCAGUUGUGCUUCAAAGUAAAAAUGAAGCUGAAAUGGACAUCACCAAUGCUAUCGAGACGCACUCAGACUUAGCAUGGCACAAAUUGUCGGUUUUAGCACAGGUCACCGAAGAAAGUUUUUCCGGUGUUACUGAGCCAUUACAAAAUGAGCGAAAUGAGGAGUCCACGACAAAUGAUGCAAUCCAGAUGAAUAAUUUACUCGAGGAAGUUAAUGCUAAGGUGGGUAAGACUAAUCUAGAAUCAUAUCAUCUCAAUGGUUUUCCUACCGGUAUACGAGAGACCGGUUUAGGUCAGGUAACCCACGGCGCAGGUGGCCCUGCAGGAAAAAGCAAUAAUGACCCAGCACAUUCUAUGUUGAUAGGAGCGGCACAGCUCUUCGGGAGGCCGUCACGUAGAAAGCGAAGCAUUACUUGUGGGUUAGAUCCUGGGGUAGUGGAUGCCAUUGUCACUUCAGAAUCGCCCAAAUUUCUUCCUCAGGCGGUUAACUGCCAAUUAUUUGACACGCAAAGCCGCCAUGACAAUUCUGGGCUUGAAACAUCUAACCUAGACGACAACCAGGUAGUUACUACUGUUUUGUCAAGAAAGUCUUAUGCUAGUGACGAUUUUGACGAAGGUUUGGCUGAUGACGAUCUCCUUGCAAUUGCUUCAGAAGCUGCUAUAUCACCUACACCGACGCACGUUGAUAAAAAGCUUAACGGUGGUCUAGCUCAGAUUCUACACAUUCCCUCGGCAACAGAUCGGGCUAAUACUCAAUCCAUAUCGAAUGACUCUGCAGAUCAAAGCGCCAACUCUGCCAUCCCAUCAUCAAACAUUAUUGCAUCGGAGCCUGAUGAGUAUUUCAUGGAUGAAAAUGAUGAGGAGGAACUACUCAAGCUCGCGGAGCCUAUCAUGAACCCAAUCGAGAGAUUCGUACCUUCCGCAAGUGUGCUGGGUGCCAUUCAUAUCAAUAACGACUCGGAUAGUGAGGAAGUAUAUGAUAGUUCUCUUCAAUUCUCACCCCCAAAGUCACGGGGCUCAGGAGAGUCAUCAGGGCCGUCCAACCGCCACAAUACUGACAAUUUCAGUGCUCACUCGCUCGAAGGAAGACCGCAUUUAGUGCCAGCGCCUGUAAUAGAGGAAGAAGACUGGAGCUUCAUUCGUCCCGUUGAGGCGAAUCCUUUUCGCAUCUCAUCAAAGAAAUUCAUUACCCCAGCACUGCGUAGUGCAUCUAUGCAUAGCAGGGAACAAACGACCAUCACUCCAUAUUCCCCAAGCUCCGCAUUUUCCAUCAUCAAUGACAUCCAUGAAUACGAACCAAUCAAGCCCUUCGCUCGACCAGCAUAUCCAAAGCUCAUGCGCGAUCGGUGUCCCAUUGUCGGCUUGUCCACACAAUCAUUUCUACGUGUAUGCUUUCGCAUUGGAGAGAUGUACAGGGAAGGGGCAAGAUGCGAUGCUUUAGGCCUGAAUGCAGUCAUUGAGCUCUUUGCACGCAUCAGUUUCUCAUCUCGUGAACCGGGUACGACCAAGCAGCAUUUCCAGUUCUUGGAUCUCUGGCAUGAUCGUCCCCCUUACACGACUGGCCUUCUAGUGAACUAUAAGAUGACGAGUUUGCUUGAGAGUGAGAGUAAGGUAUUCCUCGAUAGUGAAGGUAGGAAGAUGGCUCGAUGUUUGGGAAGGCUCAAGAGAGACGCGAAGAGUAACAUGGGGUGGUUGUUACACAUCGUUCACAUUAGGGAGACGGACUGGGAGGAAAUUAGAUGGACAAGAAGAAUUGUAAGUGCUGGUGAUUCGUCAAGGGCGAAAGCAAGUUCGGUUGUUCAAGUGGAAGAGGAUUGAUCUGAGGGAGGGAUUACCAUAUUGACGUUUUUUCGAUUUUGCUAUCCGAAUUUUGCUAGCCGGAGUGGCUCGACUGAUAUUUAGGACCAACUGACUGAGCUUUCACG